AUGGCAAACGUAACACUCAACGGUGUAGCUCUUAUUACAGGGGGAGCAGCAGGCAUUGGCGAAGAAACCGGUUUUGCAUUCGCCGAAGCAGGCGCAUCAGGUGUUAUUUUUGCGGACCUCGAUAUUGAGGGUGCUAAAGCCAGUGCAGAGAAGAGUAACCAAUACGCUACUAAUCCUCAAUAUCGAAGCUUGGCCGUGGAGGUAAAUAUUACCGAGCCAGAGAGUGUUCAGAAAAUGGUCGAUUUUACAGUCAAGGAGUUGGGUCGCGUGGAUUAUUUUGUUAAUAGUGCUGGAGUUGGAGCAACAUCGCUCGCCCCAGCAUCCGAUAUCGAUAUUGAUAAUUUCGACAAAACACUCGCUGUGAAUACUCGCGGAACAAUGUUAUGUCUCAGAGCUGUGACGAAAGCGAUGAUGGCACAGGAACCAAGAAAAAUCAAGGGUCGUCAUGGCGAAGAGCGUUCCUUGGGUCGGGGAUCCAUCGUGAAUCUUGGUUCUGGAUUAUCGUAUGCUGCAGGCCCCGGAAUGGUGGCUUAUGCGGCGUCGAAACACGCCGUGAUGGGAAUUACGAAAGUAGCUGCACUGGACAACGCAAAGUAUGAAAUUCGUGUGAAUGCGCUUUGUCCCUCUUGGGUAAAGACUCCCAUGUUAGAACGAAGUUUGGGUCGCUGGGCGGGACUUGAAAAAGUUAUUCAGGCUGUCUCGCCAGCAAAGAGAGCCGCGACCCCAGAAGAAGUAGCUAAUGUUGCUGUCUUUCUUUGCAGUCCGUCGGCUACUUAUGUCAAUGGGACGGGCUUGUUGAUUGAUGCUGGGAUGAUGGUUACUGCGCAUGCAACUUAG